GACUCGAUAGAGCAGUCCUCCGCAUCGCGAACCGCGUCGUCCCAGACUCCGGAGGCGAGCAAAAUAUCAACAACGUCGUCCGAGAAGGGAAUGCGAUAACGACGGGGAAGACGACGGCCCGAAUCUCCGCCGAAAGAAGACUGCCUGCCUUCAUUGGCCUUCUUUGUCGGGAACGUCGCGCAUCACCCGGCGCCUCUCGGGACGUCGACGGAGCGACGGAGUCUGUUUCCGAGUCGCCUACGCUGCCCCCGGUUUAUUUCCGCCCUUGAGUCGACAUCUGUCGGUGUCACCUCGGAUCCUACUCGUCGAGAAGUGCUGCUCGCGGCUUGUUGUGCUCUUUGUGGUGUGAGCAUCUUCCGUGCUCCGCGCCGGUCGGAUGAGAGCGGAGCAUCGGCGGAGAAAGGCCUAGCAUGCGAUGAAGGGAGACCGCGGUUCGGAGCAGCAGCCACCGCCGCUGCGGCAACAGCAGCGGCCGGCGGUGCCGAGCCAUGGCAGGCUCUUCGGCGCGGACGUCGGGCGGACGGGGAGCUCGUGCUCGGACCGGUACGACGACGACAACGUCGUGGCAGCGUCGCCCAUCGCCUCUUACCUCGGGGCGGGGCACCUUUCGGGGAUGAUGGAGGCUGCCCUGGCUCAGCAGCAGCAGUAUGCCGGGCUGAGUCUGUCCCAGCUCAACUACAACAACAACAAUGGCCUGGGCCAGCGGGUGCUGCGCAGGGACACUCCGCCGAGUCAGACGUCGUCCUGCACUGACUCUGUGCUGCUGCAGGAUCCCGGUGACGAGCUGCAGUGGUGCGCAGACUACCCCUUCAACAGGGAGUUCCAGAGGCACCUGUGCUCAUCGUCGAUGAGCUCGUCGGGCCGACUGCUUCGCCGGAGCAUCUUGGAGGUGGCCGGGGGUGCAGCGGGAGACCUGGGGGUGGACGAGGGAGGCCUUGGAGGGGUGGACCUGUCCUACGAGGACCUCUCCAAGAACUUUGAUGCCAACCUGGCGGAGAUCGACAUGGAGACCUUCCGCUCGGAGGACAUCCAUGCCAUCCUGACACUGCCGGCGCUCUACGGUGGGGACUUCCAGUCGGCUAGUCGCGGGGAACAGUGUGCCUCAGUCUCGGGCUCCUUUCUUGAGGCGCUGCCCCUUGACGCGUCCUCUUCCCUGGCCAACACCAAGGAGAGCAGCGGGGACGACUCCAACGAGAUGUCCAUUUGCCGGGACGAGCCCCUGUUCUCGCCGGUCAAGGAGUGCCACCCCGUGGGGCAGGGCGGGCGGCCAGGGGGCGCGGGUGGCGCCCUGUCGACGGACAGCCUGGACUGCAGCUCGUUGGAGGACCACGACCUGGUGCUGACCUGCCAGGCCAACAAGGACAACUACACCAUCGCCUUUCAGCAGAGCGGCACCCACUUCUCAGACGACCUCUCGGACGGCUCCCGCUCGGAGCAGCAGCCGUCCCAGAUGGCCCGCUCGGAGCUCUCCUUCACCACCUGGCACCGGCUGCGGUCGUCCGGGGUGCGGCUCCAACCGUCGGACGGGGGAAAGAGCCAGAGCCUGCCCAAUCUGCUCAGGAGGUCGGCCGCUGUGGCGGGGCGCGGCAACGACGGCUGCCUGCCACUCUACUCGCUCCAGGCUUCGACUCACGGAAGCGUCGGUUCCGGCGACGCGAGGUCCGUCUCGCUGCUGCGGCUCUUCAUGCAAAGCAAGACUGGCAGUGGGGGCUCUCUCUCAAGCAGCAGGUCGGAAAAUUCAGAUUCCGAGACGUCUCCGAGGGAUGCGGCAACGGCGUACCACUUGCAGUCGUCGACGGAAGAGUCGAGCGGUUCCAUGGACUCGAAGAGCGACGUCGGUGAAAGGUUCCUUAAGUGCAAACCUAGAGUUAAGCAAAUCGUAGCGGAAGCCAAUAACAACAACAACAACAACAACAGCAGCAGCGACGAGGACACCUCGGCAACGACUAGGGCCAACGACAACGAGCGGUUGAGAAUGUUGACGUCGGAGAGCGAGGAGGAGACGUCAACGUCUCAGUACUUUGAGGACAGCCUAGUCGAAGCCGCGCAGUUGCGCACGAAGCCGCAGACGAACGCGAGGAGUCCCAUCCGCGAAGAAGAGGAGCCGUUCGAGUCGAGCGGAGAUGAGACCAUGAAGGACAGCCGUGACCUGCUGGCGAGCAGCGACGGAGGCGCCUCUUCGGAAGGGGGCGGCGGUGUUGUCGAGCGGCGGAACAACGACGUAAACUCCCCACUGCGCUGCAAUGCCAAGAGCAGCGGCCAGCUGCUCUCCCUGGGGAAGGAGAGGAUAAAGAAUGUGUUUCCGACGGGCAACAAGUGCAGCAACGCGUCAGCGGAGGCCGAGGAGGACUCGCAGCUGAACCGUGGGACGCAGACCAAACGCUUCAAUGGCGGGGACGGUGGCGCCUCGGGUAUGCAGAAGGUGUCCACCGACAGUGGAGGCAGCGAGGACGGGCGCAAUGCACGCUCGUCGAGCCUCACGUCAAGCGGCUACGUGAGCCGCCAGAACUCAGUGGACCAGAUCCACCGGCAGACUUUCCUGCUGAGCGCGGGAGGAAACCGGAGGAAGCCACCUUUGACUGCCAUCGCGGGGGUGCGCCACUCCAGCACGCAGGUGCCCGUUCACAUUCGCGACCGGGGCAUCCAGACGUCGGUGGAAGGCGCGGUUUCAGAGAGCUCCAACUGGCUCUACACCGUGGACGACUCCUCGGCCGCCGCUUUGCCGGGGCAGCGCAGCUUUAACGCCACGCUCCAGGCGCAGAGAGAGAGCGCCGGUUCAGACGGAGAGCCCAAGCGAUCCAUAUACGUCUGCUACCCCAACUACUCUCUCCCCGACCUGAGCUUCCUCAAGGAGCUUGCAGAGGCGGAGGACAAGCCGGAACUGGUCCUGAGGCCCACGCAGCACCGGCUACCUUGCCCCCCCGACGAGGCCGCGGCAACAGUUGCUCCCGCCGCGUUCGCGUGCGUGAACACGACAGCCGCUCCGCCGCCAGUCCCGCACCGGCGCACGCACAGCAGUGAACCCCACUGGAGGCGCCCCAAGUCGUGCACAGAUUUCGAGGACCUGUCGAGGCGCAACCUGAGUCACAUCCAGGACUGGGACUCCCUCAGCGUGCUGCUCCCCGACGACGUGAAGGCCAUGGUGUCCAGAUUCCGAAACGCCGCCCCUCCAAAUCCUGCACCGACGGAGUCUCAGCAGCGCGGGAUCUUGAGAAAGUUGCCCGACGAGCCGCGCCGGCCGCGAAGUCAGUGCGACGGCACGCCGGGCGCCCCCGGCUCGCUGGAGGUGCCGAACCGGCGCCACUCGCUCCAGGAUUACCGGCGACUCCUCAAGGGGCUUCCGGACCUGGACGGGCUGCUCCCGCCGUGUGGCAACCUGGUGUGCAGUGUGGGGGGGCUCCACCAGCGUGACCCGCUCCCACUGUCGCGGACAAACUCGGAGGGCUCAUGGCGCCGUAACGGCGGCAGGGGCACGCGGCACGCGACGGCAGGCGGCACGUGUGUUUCCUGUCGAGCCAAGAAGGCCGUGAGCUUCAGCGAGGACCUCAACGUGAGGACGAGCGACGCAAGGGCUGUGCGGGGCUCCCCCUACGGUUGCUCGUGUGGAGGAAGCCCCAUGGCCGCCUUCGGGUCCCUGGAGCGGCCCAACAGGAACAUGACUCUGCUGUUUGGCAGCUCCCAGGAGGACCAGCAUCCCCCACACGAAUUUGGCGUGUCCCCCAAGGGCCUGUCCCCGUCUUGGGGCCUGUCCCCCCUCUCCAGGAGCCAGAGGGAGCUGGUAGAGCAGAAAAGGGGUCUCCUUGAUGGUAUGCUACGAUCGGCGAAACAAGUAGUUGACUGCUACGUCACUGAAAAAGAGUCUCAGCCAUACGUGGGUGCCCCGGAGCCGUGCCUGACGGAGCAAAGUGCUUGCGGACGCCUGGCCACGGAGUGCCUGGUGCCCACCCUGCGGGAGCUCCUCUCGGAUGGGCUGUUGCCCCACGUGAGGGGUGUGUUCGGCCGCCUGCCCAACUCCCUCUGGCACCUGGCCCACUCCCUCAGCCAGACCAAAGAGGGACGCAAAGAGAUGCAAGAGCUGGUGGAAUACAUUGGGCAGACGGACAACUUCUGUGCCGACGGAGAGAAGUUCAGCGCCUGCUUGCUUGGCCUACUCAACCUGGGCUGCCUGGACACUUGGUUCCUGACGUUGCUGUCGAGCCCCCAGAUCCUGCAAAAGCACUACCAGACGUCCGCGGCUUUCGUGGCCCUCCUGUCGCACCCGAGCCUGUUCUUCCUGCGGGAGGAGCUGGCAUGCAGCCUGCGCUCCCUCUCGGAGCUCCCAUUCAGCUUUAGCCUGAGCUUCGCCCUGGCCGCCGAAGCCCAGAGCCUGAAGCGCCACCCUGCCGCCCCGUUUCCCGCCCGCUCCCCCUGCGCUUGUCCCCCCGCGACAAACUACGGUGAGAGCCCCGGAGAGGACAGCGAUGACCUGCGCACGGCCACCUGCCAGAGCCUGGUGGACUCCUCGUCCUUGGAGGAGACCCUGGACAACUCGUCACGCGUCCUUGAGCUGCAGAGGAAGCUGAAAGGUGGUGCGUCCCCGAUGGACGGCGCGAAGGUCCUCUACCCUGCCAUGCAGAAAAUCCAAGGCACCGAAGAGGAGGUACAGCGCUUUCAGCAACUGCGCAAUCACUGGGAGCAGAUGUCCCACGUGGCCUCAGGGGAAGCAGCCAGCGUUGCCGACAGCCCCAAGCCUACCAAGAUCACUUCGCCCACCAAGCUGCCGUCGCCCACCAAAACGAUGCACAGGGCGGGCCAACAGCAGAGCGGCGGGGCGACCAAGAAGGGCGCGUCGGCCGCGGAAGGCAACCGGCGCCAGCUGCGGCCUCGCACCCCGGACUCUCGCACCCCGAGCCCCAACCUCCCGCAGGGCGGUGCCGGUCCCCCCAGCAGCAACCGGCAGGCACCCCAGACUCGCCGCUCGCUCAUUCCGGUCCACAGGGGCUGGAGGAAGGGGAAGCAGGGCACCACAGCCGACGGCAGCAAGUGAGCUCGGAUGCUAGAGGGAAGAGUGAAGUCGGCGAGGGACGUUUUGCCUGUCAAGUUUGGUCGACCUUCAGCGGUUAGGUCUUGCUUUCCAACCUGAUGAUGCUGCGUAAGCCAGAGGAUAACCUAAGUGGGCCCUUCAAUAUCAUUUGCAUUUGGGAGUUGCAGUUUUGGUUUCCAUGCAUAGAGCUCAGCCUCAAUGUUUUUUUUGUUUUUUUUUCAUGGUUCUUUAUCGAGUUUGGUUAUUUGCACCGAUUGGUUUGGUUUCUUUAUUCCAGGGGAGAAUUUUUUAUGUGCAAGUUGUCUAGUCAUACUGUUUGACAGUUGUCUGUCUUUAUCAAUCGAUGGAAAGAAAAUAUAACCCAUCAGAUUGUGAUUGUUCUGAAGAAUCGGGUUUUAAUGGAGGCAUUUGUUGUAUUUUGGAAAGUUUAUGUGUUUUUUUUUUUCUUUUUGUUUUGAAGGAAGGAGAGUUAGAGUACUACCUUAGAGCUAGUUGCCAAAACCGACAUUCUUUUUAUUUACAGUGCUUCCUUCAUUAUUAUCGGUGAUCACUUCACCGGAGAAGGUUUACGGAGGAGGAAGAUGGGUGUUUGGUCAUAUCUAUUUGGUCAUAUGUAUUUUUUCUGCGAAAAAAAGGCUAGAUUAUCAUUUAUGGUAGUUACAAAGAAGCGCUAACAACAUUAGCCGCUUUAGAAGUAGUUGCAUGGCAACAUUUAAAGCCGUGAAAUUGUGAUGAAGUUUUCUUGUAUGUAUAUUUUGUUAUUCUAUGUACCCUCGAAAUAUCAUACCUCACAUUUGCCUGAAUUGUACCGUCGCACAAAUAUAAGAAGCCAGUGGGCGAACUGGGUACCCACUAAUCGAGAGCCCGACAUUAGCGAAAGCUUGUGCCCUUGUCGAUGAUGGCCCUCCCUAUCGGAGAGGGUUCCAAACACAAGCGUGCAUUCAUACAUUGGUUUCAAAAGUUUCGGUGGGGUACGUUGGGGCUCCCUCCCACUUACCUCUUUCUUGUCAUCUUGGUUUUGCAAGCAGACGAAGGAUGAUGUGCCUGAGCUUUUCUGCUUCGGUCUACGCUUCUCGCGAAGUGUGGUACGGUCGUGUGGUCUUAGCUCUCUCCCGAAUGGAGUUUUUUUGCACGGUCACCAGAGUUGGUGGAAUGUAGCGAGAUGCUCUGGGCCUCGACUAGAAAGCGUUUUUGUCACGAGAACGUUCCUUCUCAGGAGUGCGGCUUUGGACCCUAGGUUCAAGGGAACUUGAGGCCUGAGGCUUCAUUUUGUUCACAUUUUUUUAACCCGCCUCUUGUUCCUCUAACAUCUUGUCUCUUUUGUUACUCUUCAGAAAUGCUGUUGGCGUGAAACUAAUUAACUCGAUUAAAUGGUUUAUGGUCUUAUGAUAAUCAAACUGUGGCUAUUAUUGCUAUUAACAUUAUUAUUAUUGAGCGAUUAAGUUUUUGUAAAUAAGCGGGGAUAUAAAUGUAUAUGAGCUGGUUAUCAGUUUGCAUGUAUUACACAGGAUGUAUAAGCUUUGAAUGGGCUUAGGAACUCUACAUUCCUAAUAACCACGGUUUUCUUGUGAAGUAGUUUGUAGUUUGUUUCCCGUGCAAUGUAUUGAAAGGCGGUUUUGCGCGCCUCUAAUCUGAGCAGUUAUUUUUAAAUUCCCAAUGGCCUGUAACAUAAACAGUGUGUAGUAAACCUUUUCCCCCUCACCAUCUGCAUGAAGCAGUUACGGCUAUGUGCAAUUUUCUCGGUUGUAAAGUUUAUGAGUUCCGAGUCUCCCCAAGUGUUUAUUGCACAAAUUCAGUUUCCUUUGUAACAAAAGUGCAUAUUAAAAAUAAAGUGUCUACGAAACAGA